UUCACUCGCCCGCUCCUGUCACUCACCAAGAACCGAGGGAGAGGGAGGGGAGGAGCUCAGCUCUUUCGUUUCCUCCUCCUCCGAUCCGUCCCGGCUCCAGCCACCGCAUUUCCUCCCCACCUCCCUCGUCGCCUGCGGAGAGCUCGAGCUCACCGGCGGGCGCAAGCGAGCGAGCUCCGUCCCCGCCGAAGCCGGAGAGCUCGCCACCGUACCGACCAUGGUCACGGCCGACACCAUCCGCACGGCCAUCGGCGUCAUCGGCAAUGGGACCGCCCUCGUGCUCUUCCUCUCCCCAGUGCCGACGUUCUACCGCAUCUGGAAGAAGGGGUCGGUGGAGCAGUACUCGGCGAUCCCGUACGUGGCGACGCUGCUCAACUGCAUGAUGUGGGUGCUGUACGGCCUCCCCGUGGUGCACCCCCACAGCAUGCUCGUCAUCACCAUCAACGGCACCGGCAUGGCCAUCCAGCUCACCUACGUCACCCUCUUCCUCCUCUACUCCGCGGGGGCCGCCCGCCGCAAGGUGGUCCUCCUGCUCGCCGCCGAGGUCGCCUUCGUCGGCGCCGUCGCCGCCAUGGUGCUCACCCUCGCGCACUCGCACGAGCGCAGGUCCAUGGUCGUCGGCGUCCUCUGCGUCCUCUUCGGAACCGGCAUGUACGCCGCGCCGCUCGCCGUCAUGAAAAUGGUGAUCCAGACGAAAAGCGUGGAGUACAUGCCCCUGUUCCUGUCGCUGGCGUCCCUGGUGAACGGCAUCUGCUGGACCGCCUACGCCCUCAUCAAAUUCGACCUCUACAUCACCAUCCCCAACGGGCUGGGCGUGCUCUUCGCGGUGGCGCAGCUGGUCCUCUACGCCAUCUACUACAAGUCCACGCAGCAGAUCAUCGAGGCGCGCAAGCGCAAGGCCGACCAGGUCGCCAUGACCGAGGUCGUCGUCGACGCCGCCAGGGUCGGCUCCAACACCAACACCGCCGGCUACUGAUGCCGGCGGGGGGACACCGGCGGCGACCGGGAGAGUUAAGCAGCAGCGGCCACCGUCCUCCUCUCUCCUUUCCUAAGGGAUGGAUCGAUCGGUGCCUACUCAUCCUAUGAUAAAUGUGCUGCUGUCGCCGUCGUCCUCGCCGCGCUGAUUUUAGAUUUUGCUUCCUACUACUAGUAACCAAGAAGAAGAGGGAAAAAAACAAGAGAGAACUGCAGAACAAUGGCUGCACUGCACCUGCUGCGCUCACCUUUUAAUCGUUUAUGAUCAUCUUCCUGGUGCGGUGUUACAGCUGCUGCUAAUGGAGGGCCUUUUGCUUGUUCUCACGCAGCCUUUAGCUGCUCCAUCGGUUUUCCGAGUCGUUUUUUCAGUACUAUUCGAAUGCUCUGCCUUUUUUUUACCUUUCUUUUUCCUUUUUUUUUCCCUUUCCUCUCUUCUAUGCUGUAAAUCCGAGCAUGGUGCUCGCCGAGGAUUAAAAAAAUAUUUUGUGCCAAAA